UUCACCUUCCUCUCUUUCUCUCUCUCCAAUCUCCAUGGGUUGCGGGGCGUCGAAGUGCAGCCAUGGCGACGAUCCGUCGCCAGCCGGACUUCGUCGACCCCUCUUCCGCUGCUCCGGCGAUGAGAUAAAAAGAAGAAGCACAUGUAUGUUCGGAUGUGGCACCACCCUCUCCAAGAAGGAGCUGCUCACCAACGGUGAUGCAGACAUCGACGAUUACCCGAUUAAUGGUUCCAACGAGGAUGGCCGGAGAAGCAUGUCAUCGUCCUCGUUGGAGGAUGGAUCGACGAGGUUGAAGGUGGCAACGGAGUCUGAUGGAGAGGCUAUCAUGAAAGCCCCGGGAACUGAGAGUGGGAUAACCUCCUUAUUGCCUAUACAAGAGGAGGGCAGCAGGGGAGAAGAAGAAAUGGGGAAGAGAGGCAGAGAGGAGGAAGGGGAUGAUGAAGAAGAAAGGGAAGAGGAUGGAAAAGCCAGUGGUGAGGAGGUUGGAUUGGUGUGUCCUGGUUCACCUAGUUUCAGAGAAUAUUGCACAGCCACUGAUAAUGGUACGAAUGACGCCACAAGGAACAACUCGCAGAGUGAUCUGAAGAAUGCUGAGAGUUCCCAAUUUUCGAAUUCCAAUCAGGGCUCCUCGAUGAUUCAACCAGUGAAGAAAGACAAGAAAGGAAGGAGAUUUAGGAGGGCGGUAAUGAAUCUAAUGGCCAUCAAGUCAUCUCCAUCUAGUUCUUCCCAAGUCAGAGCCUCAACUUCUGACUGAGAAAGCAUCAGCUUGAACAUGCUAGGAAGAAAGGGGACUGCCUUCCACACCUAUUCCCUGAUGGGUUUUUCGCCUUUUUUUCCAUUCUUUUUCUUGGUCACAUGUUCUGCUCUUUAGCAAAGACGGGAAUAGUUAAUGCGACCGAAAGAAUGCUAAUUAUGUACCCAAUGUAACAUGAAGCUGAGAUGAAGAUGCGGCCUUAUGUUGAUCUUCAGUAUCGGCAUAAGUGAAUCUCUAUUUAGAGUGCUUAAUUACAUAUAUGUGAAAAACCGAUCAUCCUCGCCUGCAUUGCUGGUGAGCCAAGUCCAUGUACACCGAUAUAUCACUUUAUAACAAUAUAAACCAGGGUGAUCUCUUGCUGGAA